GAGUCAAAUGCUCAGCGACAGACUGAUCUGUGUGAACGUGUUUCUGUGGUCUGUGAUGUGGAAACAAAGACACACAGAACUGUAGUUUCAGCCACACACACUGUCGCUUUAAGACCUGCUGACAAACACGGAUAUAUCUUUGUUCCCCUUCCUCCACAGACCUGACGGUGUGCAGAGAGGUUUAACCAGUUUGACGAGCGUUUGAGUCGGAGCACAGGCUUGUUUCUGUUUUGAGGAAGUGGAACUUUUAAGCAUUUUCUGUCGGUGAAAUGGCUCAGAAAGGAGGUCAGCUGCACCAGGAACUCAGCUCUUGUUCGAUCUGUCUGGAUCUCCUGAAGGAUCCGGUGACUGUUCCCUGUGGACAUAGUUACUGCAUGAACUGUAUUAAAAGCCACUGGGAUAAAGAGGAUGAGAAGACUAUUUACAGCUGCCCUCAAUGUAGGCAGGACUUCACACCGAGGCCUGUCCUGAGGAAAAACACCAUGUUAGCAGUUUUAGUGGAGGAGCUGAAGAAGACUGGACUCCAAGCUGCUCCUGCUGAUCACUGCUAUGCUGGACCUGAAGAUGUGGCCUGUGAUGUCUGCACCGGGAGGAAACUGAAAGCCUGUAAGUCCUGUCUGCAGUGUCUGGCCUCUUACUGUGAGAAACACCUCCAGCCUCAUUAUGAACUACCUGUCUUUAAGAAACACAAGCUAGUGGAGCCCUCCAAGAAUGUCCAGGAGAACGUCUGCUCUCGUCAUGAUGAGGAGAUGAAGAUGUUCUGUCGUACUGAUCAGCAGUCUAUCUGCUAUCUCUGCUCUGUGGAUGAACACAAAGGUCAUGACACAGUCUCAGCUGCAGCAGAAAGGACCGAGAGGCAGAGAGGGAUCAAGGGGAGUCGACAAAACAUCCAGCAGAGAAUCCAGGAGAGUAAGAAAGUCAAGAAGCUGCUCCAACAGGAGGUGGAGGCUAUAAACCGGUCUGCUAAAAAAACAGUGGGGAACAGUGAGAAGAUCUUCACUGAACUGAUCCGUCUCAUGGAGAAAAGACGCUCUGAUGUGAAGCAGCAGGUCAGAUCCCAGCAGCAAACUGAAGUGAGUCGAGUCAGAGAGCUUCAGGAGAAGCUGGAGCAGGAGAUCACUGAGCUGAAGAAGAAAGACACUGAAUUGGAGAAGCUCUCAAGUAUAAAAGAAGACACCCAGUUUCUAGACAAGUAUUCCUCACUGUCCCGACUCACUGCGUCCACAGAGUUUCCCGACGCCAAGAUCCGUCCUCUGACGUACUUUGAGGAUGUGACAGCGGCUGUAUCAGAGGUCAGAGAUAAACUACAGGACGUCCUGACUGAGAAGUGGCCUAAGAUUGUACGGACAGUGACCGAAGUGGACGCUUUUCUGUCACAACAACUGAGGACCAGAGAGGAAUUCUUAAAGUAUGCAUCUCCACUCACACUGGAUCCAUGUACGGCACACCCCUGGAUCAUUUUGUCUAAUGGGAACCGUAAAAUAACAACAGAGGAAUUCCGCAAACCUUUAUUUUGUCAGCCCUUAACAAGAUUUAUUCCCACUUUUCAGAUCCUGAGUAGAGAGAGUCUGACUGGACGUUCUUACUGGGAGGUGGAGUGGGAUGCACUGGUCUCGAUAGCUGUUGCAUACAAAAAUAUAAGCAGAUCUGGGAGCUACGAUGACUGUGCAUUUGGGCGCAAUGAAAAGUCUUGGUCACUAGAUUGCGUUCUAAGUUCUCAAUGUGAUUUCAGGCAUAACAAUGUCACUACUCCAAUCCCUGGUAAGACCUCCUACAAAGUGGGAGUGUUCCUGGACCAUAAGGCAGGUAUUCUGUCCUUCUACAAUGUGAACGAGAACAUGACCCUCCUCCACAGAGUUGAGACCACGUUCACUCAGCCGCUCUAUGCCGGGCUUGGACUUCACUUUUCAGGAGGAGACAAUGCUGAGUUGUGUGAGCUGAAGUAGUGGGAUUAGGAUUCAGAAUCAGGGCUGGAGCAUUUCCUUUAAAACAUGUAUAUUCUGAAAUCACAAAAGAGCCAAAUGCAUGAAUAUAUCCAGAUGGCAGAUUUGCAAUUUGAAAAAGAAAAAAAUUCAGUUCAGAAUUUUCCACAUUUUCAGCGUUUUGACACGCUUGAAGCACUUUCAGUUUGUAAUAGUUCUAGUGGGAUUAGGAUUCACGUUCAGGGCCGGACAAUUCCUCAAUAAUUCUGAAAUCACAAAUAAGUUGAACAGUUUCUUUAAGGGUCUGUGUCCACUGACUGUAUGUAUUUCGCUUGCAGAAAACAUUAUCUAAACAAAACCAAUACAGUUUAAUAUUUUUAGUGUUUGCUGGGGGUGUCGUGGCAUUUUCUGCAUAUUCAGUGUUUACACAAUUUUCAGCAUUUCUUUAAAUUUUUCAUAGUUUUCCUCGUGUGCAAAAAAAGCUUUAGUUGCUGCACACAUCUUGCUUUCAGUUUGAAAUAGUUGUAGUAGGAUUCAGAUUCAGGGCCGGAUAAUUCCUCAAAAUAAUUCUGAAAAAUCACAAAUCAGCCAAGUGCAAUGUCCAGGUAUCAGGUUUGCAACUUCUUAAUAAAAGUAAAGUGUGUUGAACAGUCUUUAUUGUAAGGGCCUGUGUCCACUGACUAAGUAUUCUGCUGGCAGCACUUGUACAUGUCACAUCAUAUGCUUUUUCCUGCAUUGUGCAGUUUUAUUCUGUGUUCAUACUUCCAUUAAAGUGCUUGUUAAUUGGU